AUGAUGCCCUCUGCUGCCCUUCCACACAUGAUGCCCCCUGCUGCCCUUCCACACAUGAUGCCCCCUGCUGCCCUUCCACACAUGAUGCCCCCUGCUGCCCUUCCACACAUGAUGCCCCCUGCUGCCCUUCCACACAUGAUGCCCCCUGCUGCCCUUCCACACAUGAUGCCCCCUGCUGCCCUUCCACACAUGAUGCCCCCUGCUGCCCUUCCACACAUGAUGCCCCCUGCUGCCCUUCCACACAUGAUGCCCCAUGCUGCCCUUCCACACAUGAAGCCCCCUGCUGCCCUUCCCUCAUCACCACCACACCUCCACAAACAGCUAUCGACAGCAACCCAACUGGCUGCGAGACCGAGAGACUCGGUGAAAUCUUUGACAAAUCUAUUGCCCCAAUCAUUGAGAUCCGUGACAUCUACAGCUUCUAUCAUUGAGGGCAGUGACAUUAAAUCUACUGCCUCUAUCAUUGAGGGCAGUGAUAUUAAAUCUACUGCCUCUACCAUUGAGGGCAGUGAUAUUAAAUCUACUGCCUCUAUCAUUGAGGGCAGUGACAUUAAAUCUACUGCCUCUAUCAUUGAGGGCAGUGACAUUAAAUCUACUGCCUCUAUCAUUGAGGGCAGUGACAUUAAAUCUACUGCCUCUAUCAUUGAGGGCAGUGACAUUAAAUCUACUGCCUCUAUCAUUGAGGGCAGUGACAUUAAAUCUACUGCCUCUAUCAUUGAGGGCAGUGACAUUAAAUCUACUGCCUCUACCAUUGAGGGCAGUGACAUUAAAUCUACUGCCUCUACCAUUGAGGGCAGUGACAUUAAAUCUACUGCCUCUACCAUUGAGGGCAGUGAUAUUAAAACUACUGUCUAA